AUGUCGCGCAUGCGCCAUAGGUGGCGAAGGAAACAUCUUCCUAAACUUCAAGAGGAGGGGUGGGUGGGGGGUGGGGGGGUGGGGGUGGGGUGGGUGGGGGGGGGGUGGUGGGGGGGGGGGGUGGGGGGGGUGGGUGUGGGGGUGGGGGGGUGGGGGGGUGGGGGGGGGGUGUGGUGGGUGUGGGGGGUGUGGUUGGUUGGGGGGGGGGGGUGGGGGUGGGUGGGGGGGUGUGGUGGGUGGGGGGGGGGUGGGGGGGUGGUGGGUGGGUGGGGGGGGGGGGGGGUGGGUGGGGGGGUGUGGGUGGGGGGGUGGGGUGGUGGUGGGGUGGGGGGGUGUGGUUGGGGGGGUGUUGGGGGUGUGGUGGGUGGUGGGUGGGGGGUGUGGGGUUGGGUGGGGGGUGGGGGUUGGGGUUGGGGGGGGUGGGUUGUGGGGGGGUUGGGGUGUGGGGGUGGGUUGUGGGUGGGGGGGGGGGGUGUGGGGUGGGUUGGGGGGGGGGGGGUGUGGGGGGGUGGGGGGGGGAGUGGGGGGGGGGGGUGGAAUGCCGGGGGGGUUGUUCGAUGA